AUGCCUCGCUUCCUCGCCAUUUUCUCCCGUUUCUUGAUGCUCCUUGCAUUGAGCAGUAUGAUGACAAUAAUGUUGAAUCCGAACCUCAUCAAUCUGGAUCAGUACGUCUUCAAUCAACGGGUUGUUUUCAACAAAACAGCCGGCGAUAAAAAUGGACCGACUGAACGCAAUUUGAAAAACCUUUCACGAGUCCAAUCCAUGGAAUGCAAAUUGCCGGAUUUGGAUCCAUGGAGCGAGAAGGCAUUACCAUUUAUUGACAAAAGCAAUAAUAAAAUGUUUGGCUGUCAAGUGCAGUACAAGACAAGGUCGUUUAUGAGGAACGGAAGGGUUGUUUUGUAUGAUGACGAAGUUAAAAGUGGCACUGAAUGCAGAUUUAGGUAAGAUUACAUAUACAAAUCGACUUUAUAGACGUUAUUCGCAACUGUUUUAACAAUUGAUACGUCUAAAUUCAGUUGUAUGUAUCUGGACAAUGACUACAAUUUUACUCAAGGAGAUUGGCUGCCCAUUUCGGAGGUGGCGGAUUGUGAUGUUCUGGAAGUAAAUUGCUCUCGGAGAGAUGAUCCUUUCUUCAAGUAUAAUGUUAUUCACACUCAAGUCUAUCGAAAAGAGUAAGUCUUUAGAAUGUUGGGGUUGCUAGAUUUACAGAGGAAGUACCUCAAGUGCGACGCUCAGAUUUUCUUCAAAUUAUACGCACAUUUCUGGGAUAGGCCACAUAUCAACCCUUGAAAGUUUUAGUUCGCGCUUCUCAGGGAAAGCUGAGAUAUUCAACAAUCUUUUAGGCCGAGAGAGUACGUGGAGAGCGGUCAGAGAAUACACUUUUUGGCCGUAUCUUUGCCAGUUUUGCGCGGAAAAAAUAUUGUUUUGUGGAAGCAUUACCCUCUAUGGCAGAAAUAGGCAAGACAUUUCUUGGUGAUUUUCAACCGAAAGAAUACGAAAUGUCUCGGUCAUUUUCAACCGAAAAACACUGGUUUUCGGGGUAGAAAUCACCUUACUUCAAAAGAUCGUAACGACCUCACUUUGCACAUUAAAAUUUUGCCAUUUCAUAGGCAAAAAUUAAUGCCGCUUAAAAAUACAUACUCCAAAAACGAAGUCUCUGCGCCGCCUCCGCCGAGAGUUAUAGCCCCCGAAUUUCCUUUACGUUUCUUGAAAACCCUGUAAAUUUGUGCCAAACUUCAUCAAAAUAUGAGCAUCACACCUGGAUUACUACCCUUGUUAGUCAAACUUUGCGCUGAGUUCUCCUUUUCACGAACACUUUCAGCUCGCCCCACGAAUCUCAAACACCCUCACAAUCUCAGCUAAACUUUGCCACAACAACUCCUCCCGACAAGCUUGAUCUCCAGCGGCUCCAUUCCGGAUCCUCCCCAAAUUAUUCCAAUCCUCGGCCGGACGUCCACAUCAUCGUGUUCGACUCCGUAGCGUCCACUCAAUUUAUGCGCUCCAUGUCGGCUACAUUAAACCUCCUCCGACACGACUACGACGCCCGUCUCUUCCCGCAUCUGAACAAGGUCGGGAUCAACAGUAUGCCGAACGCACACGCUUUACUUUUUGGCCAUCAGGUCUAUGAGAUGGAUGAAUCGCCGGUGAACGACCGGUUCCCGCCAAAGUACAAUGCGUCCGAGGUUUGCAACAAACGUUACUUGGAUGACGAUCAGUUCAUUGGGUACGAAUUUAAGAAGAAUGGGUAUAAGACAAUGUUCGCGGAGGAUUGGGAUAUGGGGGUGUUCAAUUGGCUGAAUUGCAAGGGCUUCGAGAGACCGCCGGUGGAUCAUUACAUGAGGUAAGAGAGUGUUGAUACGACUGCCAACUAAGCAAGUUGCACGAUGUCGAAAGGCCCGACAACCCAGUAACGAGACAAGACGAGAGCUCAAGAGUAAAGUGAUUUAUUCAGUGGAAAAGAGGCCUUAUAUAGGGAAGCCCCACGUAGGAAAGUGCAAUCAAAUUUGAAUAAAUGCAGAUCGUUCCUCGUCGGUCGUUCCGCCUCACACACGUCAAACUGAGAUAAGCUAAAACGGUCUGCUGAACGGAUUGGCAAAUCGCCAAAAAAAGGGCUAAAAACUUUUUGUCGGGGAAGAAAUGGGGAGAUUUUGAGGCGAGAGAGUACGCUUUUGCGCGCCUUUUCUCUGUCUUCUCUGUGAAAUCAAGACGAAGUGUAAAAACCCGAUAGCGAAGCACGGCAACCCAGGGAGUCUCCCUCCUCGUUUCGGCACUUCGCACACCCAGUGUCGUUCAAAUUCACACGAAAUGGCACAACAGAAUUGUUUUUCGAUGGAAAAAUAUUUUUCUCGAAAUUAUUUUAUUUCUUUUGUCAAUUUUGACACUUCGUUUGGACGAAACUCAAACGUAGGCGGGAGACAUUUUUGUUCUAUUUCGGUUUUACGUGCGUAGGGUCUAUUUCGGUCACCGGACUACUCAGUUUGACGUCAGUCGCCCUUUCUGUAUGCAAUGAAUUUUUAGAUUUCCAAAACGUAAAAAAUAUACGUAUUACUUGUGCUGUGCAGUGACAAAAGACUUCAAAGAAUGUAGUUCCCACCACCCUCAACUUGAUUGUUUACUAGUCAUCUCCAAUGUCUCUGCUACUUUCUACCAAACCCUAUAGCUUCAAUAUUUGUUUGAUCAGCUCAAAAUUCCUUUUCGAGUUGAGCAGUCUAUCUAAGCUUGCAAAUUAUCUCUUCAUACAUAUACAAAAAUCCAAAAAAUUUGACCUUUAGACCCUUUCAACUUCGACUUGAAUCGAUGAGAAGUCAAGGUUUCAACUCGACCUUUCGUCGUCGAAUGUACGAUGAGAUGUGUCGAGAGCCGCAUGAGUAUCAAAUGGACUACUUUUUGGACUUUAUAAACGCUUAUCCGGACAAGCCAAAGUUCUCGAUUAAUUGGUUCGCCUACCUGGCGCAUGAUGACACAAACGCCCUCUUUCAUGUGGACAUGUAUUUCCAGAGAUUUUUGAGAGAAAACAAGGAAAAGGUAGACCGAAAAAUCAUCAGUCAAAGAAUCUUCAGCUCUCGAAUUCUUAUUUAAUUGUAAUGGGGGACCAUGGAAACCGUUACGACAAAAUUCGAGACACCAAGCUUGGAGAAGCCGAAGAGAAGAAUCCAUUGCUGAUGGUGGUAGUGCCGAGACAUUUGAGGGCCAAUCAACAGCUCUGGAGCAAUAUGAAAAAGAAUUCGAAGCAAUUGACAACUCACUAUGAUACGUAUGCGACAUUGGUGGAUAUUGCUCAUGUAAGGUGGCGAUAGAAGAACCUAAAACGCGGGGCAUAUCAAACUGAGAAAAAGAAAAUUUCCUUGCUUGAAUGGUUAGGUGAAUCAAUUGGCAAUUCGCCAAGAAAGACGCGAAAAAUGUUUUUGUCGAAAAAGAAAUGGGGAAUUUUUGGGGCGUGAGAGUGCGUUUUUGCGCGUCUUUUCUCUGUCUUCUCUGUGCAAUCAAGACCAAGUGUAAAAAACCGAUAGCAAAGGGUCUAUUUCGGUCACCGUAGUACUCAGUUUGACGUGGCUCGUUUUUUUCUAUUAUUUUGAGCACAUACAGUAACUAGAUCACACACAAAUCCUUGAAAAUUUUUGCUCGCGUUUUGCAAUUCGCAAAGAAAGUCUUUGCGAAUUUCUCAAGGAAAGACCUUGAAGCGCCAAUUUUUGUCAAUUUGAUUUUGCCACGACACAAUUAAUUUUCUCACCGGCGAUGCGGGUUUCGCUGCGACAGAGCGUUCACUAUUUUCCCGACGGACAAACAAAUUAUCUUUCAGAACUCCCCCUUCUACAACGCCAACUCCUCCUUUGAUGGCUUCAAAAAGCCCAACACCGGCCUUGAAAUCAUCGGAGAGAGUUACUUGCAUGCUUACAAACUCGAAAAGCCCAGAAACUGCAACAAUCAACGGAUUCCCUUCGAUUUUUGCAGCUGCCAAUUUCAACAACAAGAUCGGAGUGGUGACAAGAAUUUCACCGCGAAGAUUGCCAAUUUCCUUGUGGAUUGGAUCAACGGCGCUGUCGAAAGGCACAACCAAAGUUCGAUCUGUGGGAAGCUUGGGUUGCAUUUCGAAACUCCCAUCGAAGUUGAGGAGUUCGAGGCGGGUCAACACUUCAACGCGUUUAAGGUUACUGUAAGACUCUCACCCGGCGGCGGAAGAGUUUGGGCAUACGUUCAAGCUCAUGGAGAAUUGAACAGCGCCAAUGUGACUUUCAGUCUGAUCUCGGAGAGACCGGCGCGGCUGGAUUCUUAUAAGGAGGCUGCGUAUUGCUGCAAGGACACUUAUGUAAGUUGAGGGGGUUAACAACAUAGGUUGAUUGUUAAAAAUUAAUCCACAGAGCUCUGUGGAGCAUACGGGCUCUGUAAGACGUUUUUCGCAGCUGCUUCACCGUUGGUAGCCACUAGACAAGUGUAUGGAAACUAUACCCCAAAAUAACCACAGUGACGAAGCUGAUCAUUGACAAAAAACGUAUCAUUUUGAAUCCGGGAAGUAUCAGAAAUGUGGCAAAAUGCUUCCCUCUCCAAGUGAAAAAACUUCGUUUUGAAGGGCGCGCCCUCUCCCCAAAAAGAGCUUUUGAAAUCGCUGUUUUUUUCACUUGGAGAAGGAGGUAUUUUGCCACAUUUUUUAAAUACUUUCCGGAUGCAAAAUUGUACAUUUGUUUGCCACUGGAUCAGGCCCCCACUGAAUUUUUUUUUUAUUUUUUGAUCGCGAAACAGACAAAUUAGCCGGGUUCGGAUAUAGCCUAUUGGAUUCAAAAUCAGCUAAAUGUCUAUAGGGUUCAUUUCGUAUAGUUACUUGGUAAUCUUUUGUCUUUUCAGAUCAAACCCUUCUGCUUUUGCAAGGACAUGCAGAGCAGCGGACCUCAGCUGGUCAUGACCAACUUCACUCUAUCAUAA